GCAAUGCACUUAGAAUUUUUCUUUUAAAUAUAAAUAGGGAUAAGGGCUGAGGGUAAAAAAUGCAAAAAAAAGAAUACAAAUGAGAUUGCUUAGCCCUGAGAGAGCUUGAAAAAUCGGUGUUUGUUUACCCAAGUGAACACCAGGAAAUAUCUUACAAAGAUAAAGGGCAUUGUUAUGUACCCCAAGCUCUUGUACAGCCAGCACGUUUGCUAAUUCCUUAACUGUGCGUCGAGUGGUUUCCCUCAUAACUAGAUAAAAGAACUACCAAUGAAAUUAUUCUUUAAACUUAAUGGCUGUUCGAAAAGACAUCUUGUAUCUUCCCUUUGGUUUUCCGCCUCUCGAUGAAAGAGGAAAAACAGCUUUAAUUAGUUUAUGUAUCGGUUUCUGGAGCUGCACUGGUCUAAUUAUUGCAAUCUUUGUCUCAGUAAUUCGGCCCUUUGGCUUUUAUAUGUUGUUGCUUGGGAUAUUCCAUUUUUUAGAAUAUUUCUUUCAAGUGUUGUAUAACCCACUUUCAACCAACACAGACGGUUUUUUGAUAAAUCAUAGCAAAGAAUACAUCACUGCUCUUUUUUUAAGUUGCCUGGAGUACUUUUUGUUCUUUUACAAUUCUCCUUAUAUAAAAAGCUUUCACUGGAUAUCUUUCUUAGGGCUCUUUAUUUCCUUGUGUGGUCAGUUUCUCCGCACGGCUGCGAUUAUUUGUGCUGGCAGUAACUUUACUCACCAGAUUUCUUCCGGUCAAAAGCAAGCUAACCACCGCCUUGUAACUUCAGGCGUGUAUAAAAUUUCGAGACACCCAUCUUACCUUGGCUGGUUUCUUUGGAGCCUUGGUAGCCAAAUUCUUUUGUCCAAUCCACUUUGCUUUGUGGGCUUUCUAAUCGUUUCGUUGAAAUUCUUUAAAGAAAGGAUUGAGCUUGAAGAGUUCUGGCUUGUUCUGUUUUUUGGAGAAGACUACGAGGCUUAUCGGGAACGCGUGCCUUCGAGAAUUCCCUUUCUGGAUUCCAUACUUAAUAAAAAAAAAUAA